UAAUAAGUAUUUGCCCCUUGCCACAGAUUGUGCCGGUGCUUUGAACCAAUCGGAAGCUGAAAUAUUAACAUGUGGCUUUACACGUGGCUUAUGAAGUAUGUACCAGGGUCUGGCGGUGCGUACCCGUUUCACCUAGCGAUCUGUCUCAGUCUCCCCUGACUCUGAGUCUGAGGCUCGAGCUUCUCACUUACGCGAGUUGCAUUCCAUUUCAGGCGCCUUUCCUCCCCUGCCUCCACCUUCCUCCUUGCUUCGGGUGCCAAGUCGAAGAGUUGCUCCCAUUGCUGAUUCGUGUCAUUCUCUGACUACAAAGCCCAGCUUUGCAUCCGCUCUCUCGUAGACACCUUUUGGAGCUCUGUGUUUUUCAAUAAUCAGGCGCCAUGCGGUUAGAAAAGUGCUGGUUCUGUUCGUCGACGAUAUACCCGGGGCAUGGGAUACAAUUUGUCCGGAACGAUGCAAAGAUCUUCCGGUUUUGCCGGUCAAAAUGCCACAAGAACUUCAGGAUGAAGCGGAACCCUAGAAAGGUCAAGUGGACGAAGGCCUAUAGGAAACUCCAUGGGAAGGAGCUUGCGGUGGACGCGACCUUCGAACUAGAACGGAAGAGAAAUCGGCCGGAGCGGUAUGAUCGGAAUGUGGUGGAGCAGACAGUGAAGGCAAUGAAGAAGAUUGCAGAAGUGAGGGAGAAGCGGGAGUCGCGAUUCUGGGAGAAGAGGAUGAGCGGGAAGAAGGCCAGAGAAAGGAAGGAGGCGGCCAAGGAGCUCGAGCAGAACAUCCACCUCGUCAAAGCGCCGGUCGCUCUCCAGCUCGACUCGUCGCUUACCUUGCCGAAGGCUCCGGAGAAGCUCAAGGUCCGGGUACAAACGGGGGGCCAGGCAGAAGCUAUGCAAGAAUAGAGUGUACAUAUUUGAACCCAAAAUACUGGGGAAGUCCGACAGUCUCGAAUGCUGCCAGGCGAUCAAGCGCCUUCUGGCAGCAUACGGAUACUAUGCCAAUAGCAUGGCAGGGAGCUGCCCUGUCCCUAUGAUGAAUCAGCCAGCGACAGUUAUUGUAUUUCGUUCAACUGCCCCGGGCUGAAAGCUAACCUCAUAUGGGUUGUUGAGUGGCUGCGCCAUUUGAAAGUCUGCCUGGCAUGGUGCUUGUCCAACAUGCCACCGUCCUGAACGUAGCGUACUGCACCUGUUUGGUCGAUUCUACACCGACCUCCAGCUCCUUUAUCUAGACAGCCGCGGCGCCUGGCACCUCUUGGCACACGG